GAUCAUGAGAAAUUUUUAGGACCUGUGACAGUAGCAUCCAGAUUAAUCUUUCACUGACACUUUUGGGAUGAGGUUGUUACCAACAUGGUGAACUCGGACUACGAGAUCUCUCGCCCCCCUCUACUCUUCGCUACAUACUGAUACGAGCACCUUACUCACCCUUCCAGGUUAUCCGAGAUCGACAGGAAACGACAUAAAAAUAACUACACGAGAUCCUCGGCACAUUGCAUGCCUUGCGAAUCGAGAACCAACCCGAGCAUUUAAUAUCGCGACAACUGAAAUCGGCGAGCGAGACAAACAGCAAGCUUAAAAUCAGCAAUGGAAACUGCAAACGAGCGACCACCCGACUCAAGUGUCGAAAACGGAGCAGCCGAAACAAACAUGGAAACUGUUGUCGCCAGCAAUCGCAGCAACUUGUUCGACAUCGAGAAAAGCAACAGAGACGAAGAGAAACGACAACUCGGGCCGAUGCGCUACAGACUGCACCUCAUUGUAGAUCGAUGGCCGCGAACAUUUGCAUUUCUUCAUCGACAGCUCRUGGUCUGUUCCCUGAUUGGCGCCACACUGUUGGGGGGAUACGUCAUCUCCCUGGCAGAAAGCCCAAACGAGGUCUCCCAAAACGAUUUGUACCUCCAGCAUGAUUGGUUGCUUACUGCCAUCCCCGUCCAGAAGGCUACAACUGCUCUGGUGCACCUACCGACGGCGUGCCUCACGCAAUACUACCGGCUGAUGAACGAUACACAUGCCGCAAGUGUUGGCAACGCUACUUUCAUUGCCCACAAAUACCAUCACCUGAUUCUCGAUCUUGACAACGACAUGGAAUGGUUUAAAGACUUCGUCACGACCAGCUUCCCAACGAUCAAUUUGCCACCCUUCGAUCCGCCUGUGUUGCCACCCCUUCCAGGACCUACACUGGAAGAAUCAGCCCAGAUCGAUGACUCGAAUUCGUCGGCUUCCACCUCGGUCAUGUACGCGUACAUGGCUGCCUGCGAGGCUGUCGCAGGUGCGCUGCUCCACUUUAUAGUCAACAUCACCAUCGACGUGGCCAGGUACGACUUUCAAGCGCUCGAGAGCAACGGUGGCGGCCUUACCUUCAACUGGAAUCGCUGCUGGGACAGUAAAGAGCUAGGCCUGGGCGAUCCCUUCAGGCCCAACAGGAGGCAAAUCGAGGCUAGCGCGUAUCCGAAUCAAUCCGCAUACUACAGGGCCGAGUGGAAUAGAAACCGAGAAGCCCUCUACAGGAACUACUCCGUUGCCUAUGGAUGUGCAGAGAUUGGCGGCGGCAACGACACCGACGCAGAAACAUUUGACGACGAUAAUUAUCAUUAUGUAACCCCCAGCGGCGACCAUUUUUCGCUCUUUCACGACAAUGUUUCGCUCUUUCAUGCCUACAAUCAUAACGAUACGKACACCAUGGAUCGAUUUCAAUGCUACUGGGAAGCCACCAAGGAAUCCGUCAAGGAUGCCACGGGUGGAUYUGGAUGCCAGUCCAACGUCGGAUCUUCGGCCUGGUUCUGGUUCACCAUUAUGACCAGUGAGUGAUUCAUGAGAGUUGACAGCUUUCUGGUUUUGUAAUCCAUUUUUGUUUUUUGACUGAAAGAUUUCCUGAUUCAUGAACCUAUCUGGUUUUCGUGAGAUUGAUUCUUUUCUAACGCACAUGUAUUUUCUUUGAUUGUUACAAAUCUUUCCCUCUCUGGUGUUUCGUUGCAGCUGUUGGAUAUGGUAAGUGCCUUCAGCGCAACGAUUAUUGAGAACCUUUUUUAGGUGUAUGGCAGAGCACUGCAUAAUAAAGAUACCUCUGUCCAACCGAUUUCUUCCUUCCAAUCUAUUUUUUUCUCCUGAUACGCACCAUUCAUUCCAAACUGCCGCAACUAAAUGGACAAACGCAAUACUUCAUGUGUCAUGCCAACAGGAAACUUUGCUCCCGAGACACAAUUCGGAAGAAGCUUGGUGUGGUGUCUAGGUUGGGUGUCGAUCAUAGCUUUCGGAGGAAUYAUGAUUCUUACGGGAACMACGUACAUGACCAUUGCUGACGACUUKUUUAYACGGUUCAGAUUCAAUUGGUUUAAGAACCCCCUCUUUGGGGUAAUCGUAUGGGGAAUUGUCAGUUGUUUGUGGAUCGCGCUCAUCGCCUGGGAUGCGAGACGAUUCUGGAAYACCCAUACGCCUGGGUACGAAUACGACACUGGCGACUCUUAUUGGUUCUCAUACAUUACGGUCACAACGGUUGGUUUAGGAGACUUUGUUCUGGAACCAGAGGGCAUUUUUAUUUCGGAUGUUUUCAAGUGGACGGCUUUGUGCCUUCAUGGAUUUGUCUUUAUCACUUCGUUUUUUGGAAAGGUGAGCGACUUUCUGACAGGUUUGUUUCCCCAACCGAAGGAAAGUUUCGAAUAUCGCCUCGCUCGCACCGACCUUUGGGGAAGUGGGUACAACACCCCGGUCAGCAAAUCACUGGAACUCUUGAAAGAAAUAGUGCAGGAAUUAGAGGACCGAUCGGAUCCGAUCACCACGACUACCACAAAGAUUAUUUUUGGAAAUAAAAGCGAGCGAAAGGAGCACACGUAUCGAUCAAGUUUUGUAGGCAACGACAGGGCCUUGGCCCCAGACGGCAAGACGAUCAAUUACCACCGAAUUCGGAUCUUGAUAGAGAAGAAGAAUUUAUUGCUCAAGUUGUUGGAAGACACCCAGUACGAACUUGAAGAYCGUGUGAAUAMUCGUUUUGUCGAGUAUCUCAGUAGCAGCGCUGCCGCUACUGACCCGAAGUCGUCGCAGCAGUUCGAGCAGUCGCUGACCUCGAUAGAAGCACUUCRGCACGAGGAAAAUGUGCUGAAAUCGAUGCUGAUGGGAACCAAGGAGAUCCGCACGAAUUUGCAAGAACUCACUUCGAUGCGGACGGAAACCGAGCAGAAGAYAGAGAAUUCCUAGCAAUGUAGUGUAGUUGAUGAAGAGAUGAUAUCAAUGAACCUUUUGAGCUGGUAGAUUCUGUGCUACCUACUUUAAAACCCAAAGCUAAAUUUGAGACAGU